CGGGGAUCGAGGAUCGCCAAUCUCUAAAAUAAAUGAGAGCGAGAUUAAGAUCGAGAUCGGAAAUAUAUAGAAAAAUUCGAUUCGAUCAAUGCAAACGCCAUCUUUUAAUAAAAUUCAAAACUUUAUUUAUGUAAUUAAAAAGACAAUAGAUAAUGGAAGAAGAAGAACAUGUGGGUGAAGACAUAGAUUUAGUGGAUAGUGACGGCGAGGUAAACCAGAAUAAUGACAGUGAAGCUGUAGUUAGUAACAAUACCGAAGAAGCUGGUGCUAAGGAUAUUAGUUUUCCUUACCUUCCACCAACAUUUUUCCAGUGGAAAUAUGAUGGAAAGGGUAAGGAUGGAAAAUUCAAACUUCGAAAAGUGAAAUGUUUGAUUGAUGGAUGUUCAAAACACAUCUCUGUGUCAGCCACUUCACGUGGCAAUGUGAAGCGUCAAGUUAAGCUUUGUCACCAAGAAAAAUUGAAUGAGUACAUACGCCUCAUUACUGAUCAACCAGGCAAGAAUAAGAAGGAAAAAUCCAUAAUUGCAGUUAAGGAAAGGGUUCAAAUGAAACAGCAGAAGCUGAAAUUUCGUGUUUCAAAAAUUACAACACAACGAGAAUGUGAUAUUUCCAUAAUCAAAUACAUUGUUGAUGAUAUCUUGCCACUGCAUACGACAGAAAAACGUGGAUUUUGGUCUUUCAUGCAAAAAUUAGCGCCUGAAUUUACCAUAAAGAGCAGGUUUUUUUACAAGAAUCUCUUGACCAUGCAAUAUCAAGCCAGGAAAGAAGAACUGAUUGCUGCAUUGAAAAAUGCUACAUGGGUGUGUACCACCACAGACUGCUGGUGUAGCUACCGCAAGAAUUUUAUUGGAAAGACGGUUCACUGGUGCGACAAUAAGCUUCAGCGACACAAGGCAUGCUUGGCAGUGAGAUCGAGGCCACUGUUACCGACGGAGGAUCAAAUUUUAUUAAAGCGUUCCGGCUGUACUCUACUCCAACGCAAACCCAAGUCAUUAGCGAUGACGAAGAAAGUAAAGAUGAUGAAGAUUCUGACAUGAUUCUCCCAACGCAAGACAUUACGGGCGGAACUUGUUUUGAUAUUGGCGACUCAUCGAAAGAGUAUCAUCCAAUUCCCAUGUGGAACAUUUUUGAGCAAGCUGUGUCUUGUAAUACAGAUGGAAACGAUGAUGAGGUUUCCUUGGAUGCCAUGGAAAGUAGCUAUAGUCUUCCAAUACAUCGUCAAUGUGCUGCUCAUCUUUUAAACCUUAUGGCAACCGCUGAUUUGGAGAAGAAGAUCGUAAAUAAGACUUAUAAGAGGCUGCUCCAUAGCACCGACGGAAAAGUCCAAGCGGCAUGUAACAAGCAAGGGUACAGUGCAAAAAAUUCUGACGUUAUCCGAAGCCACAUCGGUAGGCUGUUCGUGACUAAAAACAAAACGAGGUGGAACUCGUAUUUUGAUUGUAUGAAAUGCUUCAGCAAACUAUCGAGAAAGAAUAAUGAGGCUAUGGAAAACCUUUUCAAAGCACUUGGACUUUCAUGGUUUCGGUCGAACGAACAAGAGUUCAUCCACGAAUACGUAAAGGUGAUGGAACCUGUGGCAGAUGCUCUAGAUGUUCUGCAGGGAGAAAUUUCGAUUUCAAUGAGCUAUCUACUUCCGACAUUGACCAUUCUUCGUGAAAAACUGAAUAAUCAUCAAAGAGACACAACAAUGAAACACGCAAACCCACUUGUGUGUUCGCUUCUUGAUUCCCUAAAGGAUCGAUUUGACCACAUGUUCAACAUUCCACAAAUUCGUCUUGCAGCUAUUUGUGACCCCAGUUUUAAAGUGAAAUGGCUCCCGGAAGAGGAACAAGACAGUUACAAGAAACUGCUAAAGAAAGAGUAUGAGAAAUGGGAAAAGAAGACAAUCGAAGAAGAAAAAGAAAACUCCGAGCCAGAAGACGAAUGUAGUGGAGAUAGCGGCAGCACAACAAGCCCACGGAGAAAGAAUUUCUUCUCGUCUCUAUGGAAAAAACCCAGUAAAGCGCAGCCCCAAAACGAAGUUGAUUUGUUCUUCGCCGAGCCUCUUGGCCAUGUUGAACAGCUUUCAAAAUAUCCCAUUCUCCCGAAGAUCUUUCGGAAAUAUAAUGCUGUUCUUCCGUCUUCCGCCUCCGUGGAACGCCUCUUUAGCAAAGCUGGUUUAGUUUUUACUAGCAAACGAACUCGCUUAGCCGACGGAACAUUGGAUAUGCUUGUUUUUCUGAAUGUCAACUCAAAAGAAACAUGUUCCUGGUAGAAUUUUAUCGAGGUAAAAUUGGCUUUCUAAAAUAAAGUCUGAAAUCAA